AUGUCGUUUGCCCACCGUCCUGCAUCUCCAUUUGCCCAACCCAACCCAACUGUUACCUCCAAUUCAUGUCAGUACCCUUCAAACAUUCUGAACAGUCCAGGCCUUAUUCAAUACAUGCAUGCAUUAAUUCGCUUAAGUGGAUCUUCGAAUCUGCCGGCAGAUCUUGAAAUUGUCCGUCGUCUCGCAUCAACUUGCUUCAUCGACAAUACAAUUGCCCUAUCCUCUCGACGGGUCCGGCUGGCCCACCAUCACCUGCCAACUGGGCGGAGCCUCGAAUCGUUUCGUCGCACCCUUUCAUUCAAAAUGUACGUGAGCUGCUCACUGCAUUGA